AGCUAUUAUACGCAACGAAACCCAUAGCCUGUUUCAACAUGCCGUUCAAUGCGCAAAGAUACAAUUAUCAUCUACUUUCAAAAUGAAAGCCAUUGUUCUGAAUGGUACAAACGCUACACUGGUGAGCUCACGGUCUAUCCCUAAGCUCCGUGACGACUACCUUCUCAUUAAAACCGUGACCGUUGCCCUGAAUCCGACUGACUGCAAGGCGAUCAGCCAGGGAAGGGGGGCCAAGAACGGCCUAGCUGGCUGCGACUUCGCCGGUAGAGUCGAGGACAUCGGCCCAGCUGUCACCAAGCGUUGGAAUAAAGGCGACCGGGUAUGCGGCUGUACUCAUGGCGCUAAUAGCCGGAAUCUAGAUGAUGGGUCAUUCGCAGAGUUUAUCGUUGUAAAGGGAGAUGUCUGCAUGAGAAUGCCGGAUGGCAUGAGCUUCGAAGAAGCGGCUGGUAUCGGCGUCAGCGCGAUUACAUGUGGUCAAGGCCUAUUUCAGAAACUGGGGCUGAAUCUUCCUCUUAAGCCUAUUGAAGAGAAAGAGUACAUCCUGAUUUACGGUGGUAGUACGUCAGCGGGAACUCUUGCUAUCCAAUAUGCAAAGCUGGCCGGCUAUUCUGUCCUUACAACUUGCUCUCCUAGGAAUGUAGAUCUGGUCAAAUCACGCGGCGCUGAAGCAGUCUUUGACUAUAGCGAUCCAUCAUGUGGGGAGGAGAUCCAUCGUUACACGAAAGGGGACCUCCAGCUGGUCUGGGAUACAAUCGGCUCCGAUCAAGGAGUUCGAACCUGCAUGACCGCUCUGUCAACAAAGCCCGGGUGUCGAUACGGUACGAUUCUUCUCAAUGAUAUCCCACGACAGGAUGUCGCCUGUACCCGGAGCAUCAUGAUGACGUUCCGGGGCGAGCCAUUCCACUUGUACGGCAAACAUUUUCCGGCAAGUGCUGAGGACUUUGAUUUUGCGAAGAUGUUCACCCGGUUGACGGAAACACUUCUCGCUGAAAACAAGUUGAAGCCCCAUCCAAUCAGAAUCUGUGAAGGAGGUUUGCGAGGCGUAUUGAACGGUGUGGGGUUGGUGCAACAAGGGAAUGUGAGCGGCGUUAAAUUGGUGUAUCGAGUUGCCGACACACCUUGAUAGUUGCUAGGUAAGAAUUCUGUUCCCCACAAUCCAAGAUUGCGUACCCGGGCCAAAGUUGUGGUUCGGCAUGAAAAUAUUGUGUAUAAGCAUGGAUGCCUACCAUGUUAAGUUAGUCUUUUCUUCUUUGUUCAUACCCUUUUUUGACCUUUGCGAUUGGAACUAUGUCAAUCCGGGGUGAUUUCAAGGCACACUGUCG